AUGCCUACAGAAUUCAUCAGUGUUACCUUCCCAAACGCGUCCACCGAGAUCGAUCCCAUCCCCAACGCGGCGAUUGAUCCGGCCUAUCUCGUCCGAUAUGCCAGGGCGCUUGAUGACUAUGGCUUCAAUUACACUCUCGUGCCGUACGACUCGUCCUAUUUUGACCCCUUCACCAUCGGCGCGACAAUAGCGUCAGUGACCAAGAACAUCAAGGUGAUCAUCGCCCUACGACCGAACACGUUGUACCCGACUGUAGCGGCCAAGGCUCUCGCCACUCUUGACCAGCUGAGCUCUGGUCGCGUGGUUGUGCAUUUCAUCGCCGGGGGAAGCGACGCCGAGCAGGCGAAGGAGGGCGACUUCCUGACCAAGGACCAACGCUACGAGCGUCUUGAGGAGUACAUCCGCAUCCUCCGACGGGCAUGGGAGUCUGCGGAUCCCUUCGACUGGGACGGCAAACACUACCAGUUCAAGCAGUUCAGCAACCGCGUCCGCCCAACCAACGGCACCAUCACCGUCUCGGUGGGAGGGUCGUCGGAUGAGGCGUACCGGGUCGGGGGCGCCCUCGCCGACAUCUACGGGCUCUGGGGCGAGCCGCUGAAGGAGACCAAGGAGCAGAUAACCCGCAUCUACGCAGCGGCGGACCGCGCGGGACGCCCCGAAUCCGACCGGCCACGGAUCUGGGUCACGUUCCGGCCCAUCGUUGCCGAGACGGAGGAGCUGGCCUGGGCAAAAGCACAUCGCACGCUGGACGCUCUGAAUAGGAACCGACAGGGCGGGCUUGGAAAGACGCCUGCCAAUGCGCCCCCACCGCAGAACGUGGGCUCGCAGAGACUGCUCGACAUCGCGGCUCGAGGCGAGGUUCAGGACCGUGCUCUCUGGUAUCCCACUGUCACGGCGACGAAUGCCCGAGGGGCCUCGACGGCGCUGGUUGGGUCUCCGCAGACCAUCGCCGACUCGAUUCUUGACUAUGUCGACCUCGGUGCAGAACUCAUAUCCAUCCGCGGAUAUGACAACUUCAAUGACGCCGUUGACUAUGGGCGCUACGUGUUGCCUAGAGUGCGUGAGGCGCUGAAGCUGAAAGGAGAGGGCGGCCAGACGUCGUGA